GCUCUUCCAGCGCCUGCGCAGCCGCGGGCGGGGCCGGGACGGGGGUUCGGGGGGGGAUCCGGUGCUAUGAAAGGGACCGCGGCAGCGCCCGCCCCAGAGCCGCUUCCCCGCUCCGCACCGGCGGCCGCCCCGGAGCCGCUGCCCUCACCAUGAACAGAGGCUUCUCAAAGAAGAGUCACACGUUCCUGCCUAAGAUAUUUAGGAAAAUGUCUACUCAAUCAGCCAAAGAAAGACCCGAGAGCUUGCACUUCCCCUUCCUCGACGAUGAAGACACCGUCUCCACGGUCAAAGAAUCUAAAACCUUCUUCAUUUUACGAGGGCUGCCCGGCAGCGGCAAGUCCACCCUGGCCCAGGCUAUCCAGGAGAGGUAUAAAGAUGCCUGCAAGGUCAUCUCGGUCGAUAACUACAAAAUCACACCUUCGAUAAGAAGCACCAUUCCUGAAGAAUAUUCCAAGGUGGAUGAGGAUCUAGUUGACUAUUGCAAACGAGAUAUCAGCGUUAUCGUUUUGGACGACACUCACCACGAGAGGGAACGGCUGGACCAGCUCUUCGAUAUCGCUGACAAAUACCGCUACAAAGUCAUCUUUGCCGAGCCCAAAACCCAGUGGCGAAUGGAUUGUUUGCAGCUGAAGGACAAGAAUCAAUGGAAACUGUCGGUGGAAGAGCUGAAGAAGAUGAAGCCCAGCUUGGAGAAGGAAUUCCUGCCCAUGUAUUUCGGGUGGUUUUUGAGCAAAAGAAGUUCAGAGAUCCUGAGGAAGGCUGGCCAGGCCUUCUUGGAUGAGCUUGGGAGUCUCAAAGCCUUCAAAAAGGAGAGUAAAUACUUUGCUUCUGCUAUCGAAGAUCCCAAAAUAAAGAUAGAUCUCACCAGCUACUUUGUGAAGAGGCCGCCCGGGGUCCUGCACUGCACCGCAAAAUACACCGACUUCGGGAAGGCAGCGGGAGCCGAGGAAUACGCACAGCAAGAGGCUGUGAAAGCUGCUUACGGCAAAGGCUUCACGCUGUCCAUCUCCGCCCUGUUCGUCACCACAAAAACUGUCGGCGCCCGCGUGGAGCUGAGCGAUCAGCAGCUGCUGCUCUGGCCCGCGGACGCCGAUAAAACCGCGCCCGCCGACAACCUCCCGCGGGGCAGCCGGGCCCACGUCACCCUGGGCUGCGCCAGCGGCGUCGAGGCCGUUCAGACCGGGCUGGAUCUGCUGGAGUUCGUGAAGCUGGAAAAGGCCGGGAACAAAGGGGAUGAAGUGGGGGAAAUCGGAGGGGGGAAGCUGCUGUAUUUCAAUAACGGUAUGUGGAUGCUCGUCCUGUCGAAAAAGAUCGAUGUGAAGGCGAUAUUCUCAGGUUACUACGGGAAGGGGAAACUUGUGCCAACGCAGAGCACCAACAAACGGGGCUCUGCUUUUAGCUCCUGCACCAUCAUCUAGGAGCAGCAGCUGGCUUGUUGGUUGGGUUUUAAAAGGCGAGUAACUCCUGUAACCUGUUAAAGUGUAAAGAGAAAUAAUUCUACCUGUACUAAAGUAAACCCUUUGCCAACCCCAGCGUGAAGCCUCUGGGGAGGGAGUUUACCGGCCUCAGGACGAGGAAGAAAACAAGCAAACGCAGGUCACUGAAGCGCUGCUGAGCGUAUUCUAAGGGAAGAGUUGUGGCAAGAACUAACCCCGGUCUUCUGCUUGUUUUCUUCCUUGGAGGAAGAUCUCCCAGGUCUUUUAUAACCUCCCUCUGAACCACAAUCGUUAGGUCUUUACCUGUCGGCACCACGAGCAGUCGCAGACCAGAGCCUGCGCAGAACUGCUCCGACGCCGAGGGAACCGUGACCGUCUCUCCCCUUCUCCCCAACAUCGGCCACCGUGGCUGAAUCACCGGGUUAAAGAUGAGCGAGACCUCAACUGUGCAUCGUUUCUGUCGAGCGGUUCAGCACCCACAGAGGUCGGUUCUGCAGCUGGUUCAUGCUUGCAUGUGCGCGCUGCACGGCGGCCAGAAGCAAAGCAAAACCAACGAAACCACCCAGAAAAGGGAAAGCAGCGACACACGGGGGGGACAUUCGGUUCCCGCAUCCAUCACACCAGGGAGGGCUGCACCGGCGUCCCCGGCCCGUAGGGAACAACCUGCCUUGGCAGGGGGUGGAAGAGAUGGACUAACGUCUUUUCCAUCUGAUUCUAUAGGAACUAAAAUCAUGUCUGAAGUACAGAGCCGUACUUCAUGCAAGAUUUUACUACUUUUCUCUAAUGCACUUGAAUGUUAAGGUAGGACGGCUGUAACCUUGUAAUGUAGGAAGUGGAGAUAUAACCGCGUAACUCAAACCUAAACCGGUGGCUGGACAGCAGUUAAUGAUCGAGCACUUCUGUUAUUAAAACUGUUUUAGCGAAACUUAUGUUUUUUUCUCUUAGCCAGCCCGUUUCCCAUUGCUCCGUGUGUGUGUGGUCACUAUUUACCGUAACACAAAGCUAACGCAUCCAGGUCAGGACAAAACUCACGCUACAGCUCAGUGUUUGAACCGGAUAGUGAAUUAACCCCGUGUUAACGUCUGUAAAUACUCACUGUGUUUGCCAAGCGUGUGCUGGGCUCGUGUCUGCACCGGAACCAGCGCGGGGGCCGAUGGGGCAAACGCUCUGCAAGGUGACGAACAGAGUAAUUCCUGCUGUUACAAUGACAAAUUAUAACAAAAAAAUCAUAUAUACGCCCCCACACUUGUAUUCGUUCAACAGACAAAGCCUUGGUAGCUCCCCAUGUUCAGCUCGGGCCUUUGCUAAAGCUCACGCGGGUUUGUUCCAUCAGAGCUCGGCUGCCCAGGCCAGCCCCUCUCCCUCCGGGUCACAUCCAGCACUGACACGCACCGCUGGAAUAUCUUUAGUUGCCUGUUCAAGAACAACAGGGAGACUGUCGUCGUUUUACAUUUUUAUUAGUUUGUACAUCAUAUACAGUUUAUAAUAAAGUAAACCAAUUGCA